AGACACCAUCGUGAAACUGGAUACAUGGUUUACAGCAGGUCAGCAAUGCUGGAAAAAGUACAGAGUCCAGGGGAAGACUUGCUUGCAGCUUUCUGAAUUCUUGGAUUUUUUUUUUUUGCUUUUGCUUUUUCCUAACUUUCACUAAGGGUCACUGUAGUGUAAUGUGUCCUCCUAAGGCCACAAAAUUUGACAAGCUGCAUUUUUUUUCUUAUGCUCAAUGAUUUCUGCUUUAAGCCAAAGAACCACCUGCAAUUUCACUAAGAAUGUCUUCUAAUUUGGAUACUGGGGAUUUACAAGAGACUCUAAAGCAUGGAUUUACACCUGUUGGUAAGGGGUUCCCGGAAGAGCACUUGGCCCCUCUCCCCGCCCGCGGCCGCCUUGUCAUGCUGCCCAAAGUGGAGACGGAAGCCCUGGGACUGGCUCGAUCGCAUGGGGACCAGGGGCAGAUGCCGGGAAACAUGCAAGCGUCUCAGUUUAAAAUGGUGAAUUACUCCUACGAUGAAGACCUUGAAGAGCUGUGUCCGGUGUGUGGAGAUAAAGUGUCUGGGUACCACUACGGGCUCCUCACCUGUGAAAGCUGCAAGGGGUUUUUUAAGCGAACAGUCCAAAAUAAUAAAAGGUACACAUGUAUAGAAAACCAGAACUGCCAAAUAGACAAAACACAGAGAAAGCGGUGUCCUUACUGUCGGUUUCAAAAAUGUCUAAGUGUUGGAAUGAAGCUGGAAGCGGUAAGGGCCGACCGAAUGCGCGGAGGGAGGAAUAAGUUUGGGCCGAUGUACAAGCGAGACAGGGCCCUGAAGCAGCAGAAAAAAGCCCUGAUCCGCGCGAACGGACUGAAGCUGGAAGCCAUGUCCCAGGUGAUCCAGGCCAUGCCCUCUGAGCUGAGCAUCUCUGCCAUUCAAAACCUCCAUUCCGCCUCCAAAGGCCUACCUCUCAACCACGCCGCCUUGCCUCCCACCGACUAUGACCGGAGUCCCUUUGUCACGUCCCCCAUCAGCAUGACAAUGCCACCUCAUGGCAGCCUGCAAGGCUACCAAACCUAUGGCCACUUUCCCAGCCGGGCCAUCAAGUCCGAGUACCCCGACCCCUACACCAGCUCGCCGGAGUCCAUCAUGGGCUACUCCUACAUGGACAGUUACCAGACCAGCUCCCCGGCCAGCAUCCCUCACCUGAUCCUGGAACUUUUGAAGUGCGAGCCAGACGAGCCUCAAGUCCAAGCCAAAAUCAUGGCCUACUUGCAGCAAGAGCAAGCGAACCGGAGCAAACACGAGAAGCUGAGCACGUUUGGGCUGAUGUGCAAAAUGGCGGACCAGACCCUCUUCUCCAUCGUCGAGUGGGCCCGGAGUAGCAUCUUCUUCCGGGAGCUUAAGGUUGAUGAUCAAAUGAAGCUGCUGCAGAACUGCUGGAGCGAACUUCUCAUUCUCGACCACAUUUACCGACAAGUGGUGCAUGGAAAGGAAGGCUCCAUCUUCCUGGUUACCGGGCAACAAGUGGACCACACCAUCAUCGCCUCGCAAGCUGGGGCCACUCUGAACAACCUCAUGGGUCACGCUCAGGACUUGGUGGCAAAGCUCCGCUCUCUGCAGUUUGAUCAACGGGAGUUCGUGUGUCUGAAAUUCCUGGUGCUUUUUAGUUUAGAUGUGAAAAACCUCGAGAACUUCCAGCUGGUGGAAGGGGUGCAGGAGCAGGUGAACGCCGCUCUGCUGGACUACACCGUGUGCAACUACCCGCAGCAGACGGAGAAGUUCGGGCAGCUGCUGCUGCGGCUGCCGGAAAUCCGUGCCAUCAGCCUGCAGGCGGAAGAGUACCUGUACUGCAAGCACCUGAAUGGGGACGUGCCCUACAACAACCUCCUCAUUGAGAUGCUGCACGCAAAACGGGCCUGAGCUGCGGCCCCGGGGGCUCCGCGGGCCAAACGAUCAGACGGCGGGGGAGAACGGGAAGAGAGAGAGGGGAAAGCUACUCUGAACUGCUCCAAGCCACACUAAUUAAAAACUUGGUUUAAACAGAUUGGAUUUAGAAAGGCAUAAUAAUCAAAUACUUAAUAGCAAAUAAAUGAUGUAUCAGGGUAUUUGUAUUGCAAACUGUGAAUCAAAGCCCCCAAAGGAGUCCAAUCAGAGACACGGAGUGGACUCAGCUCCCAGGUGGAGGCAACACCGCAUCAGGACACAGACGGACACAGCAGUCCCUGUACAUUUAAGCUGAUCUCCGCUGUGAAGGCGUUUAGGGACCGAUCUGUGCUGUAGACAGGCUUCUGCAGCAGGGUCUGAGCGCACAGAUCCCCCUUUGGGGGAGCUGAACUCCGCAGUUGUCACCGGCCCAGCCGCGGCGGCCAGGCAGUACCCCUCCUUCCUGCCUGGCCUUGGACUCUGUGCUGAGGCUCACGCUCAGCCACACCCACUAGCAGCUCCACCAAAUCAGGAAAAGCUUAAUUUGAGUGUCCUUGUCUUAGACCUGCAAACAGCUAAUAGGAACAGUCUCUUAAUAUGUUAGCUUGCCAUUUUAAAUAUGUCCUGGUAUGUUUUGUCCUGUGUUCAUAACAUUAAGAAAAAGCAGGCAGUGUCCCUCUUCUGACCUUAUAUAUAAGCAUCCAUUCACACUAAGGGGAAUGGCUGCAAACCUUUACAGCACACGCGCCACAGCCAAAGCAAGCUGGACCUCACGUCUGCUCCCGUUACUGAAACGUGGCUUUGGCAUUGCUGGAAUUCACAAAAAUUUCUGGCCGAAAGGCUUGGUAGGUACAUCGGUGAUUUUACCCAUCCAAGUUUGUAGCUCAUUUAAAGAUAAAACCCACAACGUCUUUUGCUGGGAUGUCACACAGUCACCAUUCUAAGCAGUUUUAAACUAAAUUGAAGCAUGUUAAGCAAUGCAAACAAAAGACAGGAUGAGCUGAGAAGCUGGCUCAAGGUUCGCGCUGGCUGCCGUCAGACAGCCCCUGACGCAGAAUGGAGACAGUGAUUUUUACAUAUGGCCUGGAAGGAUAGUAGAGGAGUGCAGAUCUUCCCCAAAAGGGAGCGGAAGAGGGUGACACUGACCUUUCUAAGUCACAGACCAAAGUCUGCUAUAGAACAAACACUGGAGGGCAGAGAGCUGCCAAAGAGCUCCCCAGACAUCACUACCAGUGUUAGCAGCGAGCGACGGCACAGGUAGGGGUCUUGCCUUAUUUCACAACUCUGAAAGGUAGCUGUGCACAUGUGGAUCAACAUUUGUUUAAAAUAAAGUAUUAAUGCUUUCAAGUCAAAUAAAAUAUAGUGUUUACAUUCUUUAGGUCCUGUGGGGGGUGGGGGGGACUGGGACAUGACAAAAUAGCUAAAGCGGUAAUUUCCUUAAUGUUAUUUUUCUGAUUGGUAAUUAUUUUUAACAGUCCUUAAUUAUUGUAUGUCGUGAGACACUAAAAUCAGAAACAGGAAUCUCAUUUAGACUUUAAUUUUUUUGAGAUUAUCGGCGG